AUGACGUUGGCAAAUUCACGUCUAUGGGAUGCCAUCAAUGGUUUCUUCUUCCUGUUCGCUCAUAUGAUGGAGAAACUUUACCGAAACUCUACCCAACUGGAACUUUUGCGAGAGUUCCUCAACUUGCAAAAGGAUAUGAUCGUGCUGAUGCUGUCCAUGCUGGAAGGAAAUGUCCUUAAUGGACCGAUUGGUAAACAAAUGGUGGACGCAUUAGUCGAAUCACAACCGUCCGUGGAGAAAAUCCUGAAGUUUUCGGAUAUGUUCUUGAAACUGAAGGACCUGACAACAUCUCAGGCGUUCCAGGACUUCGAUACAAAUCGCGAUGGCUGGAUCAGUCCGAAAGAGUUCCAAAGAGCCAUGGAGAGUCAGAAGAUGUACACUGUCGAAGACAUCACUUAUCUGAUGAUGUGUACCGAUGUGAACAAUGAUGGAAAAGUGGAUUACAUGGAAUUUACCGAAAGAUUCCAUAACCCUGCUCGAGAAAUCGGUUUCAACUUGGCUGUGCUGUUGACGAACCUCAAAGAACACAUUACCAACGAUCCUAGAUUGGAAAAGAUCAUUGAAAAGGCUCAAACAUUACUGGAAUACUUCGAUCCAUUCCUUGGAAGAAUCGAAAUCAUGGGUUCGAGCAAGCGUGUUGAAAAAAUCUAUUUCGAAAUCCAAGAGUCCUGGCUGGAACAAUGGGGCAAACAGCAGAUUCGGUAG